AUCUAAUCUUCAGGCUACUAAACUCCUCUCUUAAGUCUCUUCAGGGAGAAAAAAUAAUAAUAAUAGUAAUAACAACUCUCCCUUCUAUAAAAAUUAAUACCAAUCAUGUCCUUCACCGGAGCUCCCCCAUUACCUGCAGUGACCGCCGCAGCAACCACCACAUCGAAACAAUAUUUCUGCUACCAAUGCAACCGCACAGUCUCGAUAACUGCCUCUUCCUACGAUGAUCCAUUUUGCCCGAUUUGCCACGAUAGCUUCAUUGAAGAAUUCGAAACCCAAAACCCUCAAAACCCGAAUCCAUUCUCCGACUCGUAUUUCAACGACCCAUUUGACCCCUUCUCUUCUCUCUUUCCUCUCCUCUUCCAAAACUCUGGCAAUUUCUCUCAUCCUGAAUUUCCAACCCGACCCGGAUUCUCCGACCCGAAUGCGUUUAACCCCCUUGAGUUCCUCCGUUCUCACCUCCAAAACCUUCAUUCUGGUGGGGGUCGGGUCCAGUUCGUGAUUGACAAUAAUGGACACGAACCUGGUCUUCGAUUCCCAGAUGGUAAUUUUGGUGAUUAUUUUAUUGGGUCGGGUUUGGAGCAGCUGAUCCAACAGUUGGCUGAGAAUGAUCCGAACAGGUAUGGGACGCCUCCGGCGUCGAAAAAGGCGAUUGAGGCAUUGCCCACGAUGAAGGUUACCGAGGAGAUGAUGAAAUCAGAGAUGAAUAAUCAAUGUGCUGUGUGUAAAGAUGAGUUUGAGGGAGGAGAAGAAGUCAAAGGGAUGCCAUGUAAACAUGUGUUUCAUGAGGAUUGUAUAAUACCUUGGUUGAACAUGCAUAAUUCGUGUCCAGUUUGUCGGUAUGAGUUGCCUACUGAUGAUCCUGAUUACGAGAAUAGAUCUCCUGGAGGGCAAGGUAGUGGUGGGGGUAGCGCUGGAGGAAUGGAGAGAAGGUUCACUAUUUCAAUUCCGAGGGCGUUUGGUGGAAGUGGUGGUGGACAAAGCAGUUCUUGACAGAUUGGAUUUUGGAUUGGCGAUCAUUGAGACUUUUCCUCUUGAAGAUGAUGCCAGUGGAUGCUUGUUUGGAAUAUAUCCUCAUGUUAGUGACCUUUAUUUACAAAACCAUUUUUUUGUUAUUGUGAUCUUAUGUUGCAUUUUUGUCGAAUUGAGCUGAAGUGAUUAAGGAUUUGUUAGUUUGUAUAUGUAAGUUGAGUAGUUUUAGGAUAUUUUAGGAGGCACUAGUGAGAAGAGGUGCAUUUUGUAUGAGUUGCCUACUAAUGAUGCUUAUUAUGAGAGUAGAGUGCGUAGGGCACAAGGGGAUUGAGGGAGUGAGGCGGAGAGUAAGAUAAUGGAAAGAAGUUUCAUGUUUCACUAUCGUGGUUGCCUGGAGAGAAACCGGGGUAUAGUAGUGAUGUUGGUAGGCUAGUGCGGUACAAAUUAGUGCAUGGAGAGAGAUUGUUGGUAAGUGUUGCUUUUGCUUUUUUAUUUCUUUUAGCAUGUUUAUGUUUUAAGAGUUGUUUGUUGCCAGUUUCUUGCUUUGAUUAAGUUGAGAUUGAGAGAUCAAAGGGUUAUGAGAACAAUAUUUAGUCCUUUCCUUUGUGAAUAUAGAGGAUUUUAGUUUUUUUCUCGUUUUUCUUUUUUGGAGUGUGCAUGCCAAUAUGUUGAGAUAUUAUGUUGUAAUUUUUAUGCGGGACAAACGAGAUUAAAAAGAAAAAGUCAAAAGAAAGAAGAAGCCAAGAAGAAAAAGCUAAAGAAGAGAAGAAUGGAGGUGAAGAAGAGAAAGAAUGGGGGUUGGAAAAGUCUACAACUUUGCAAAUUUUAUUUGAAUCAUCAAAAACUGUAUAACAUUUAGAAAAAUAACAUAAAUGCUAAAACCCUAACUAAAACAAACAAUUAAACUUAUAGUACACUAAAAAAAUAUAUAAUAAUAACUAAAGCAAGCCUAACAAAUAAAUCCAAAUAAAAUUCAAUAACACAAGAGUUGACCUAUCUUCUAUCAUCGUAGAUCAUACGAAUGUGUGAACAAUGUCUUGUGUCUGGUGUCUCCAUCAACUCUCUCAGAGUUAGAAGAACUUGACCUCGUCAAGUAUAGUUCAAGACGACUCCAAUAACACUCGUAAAGAUCAAGAUCAAGUUGUGGUGAUGUUGCUCUAAUAAUCUCAGUAGAAUCUGACUCAAGUCAACUUGCUUGCAUACUAGGAUUCACUGAAUCUCAUCAUCUUUGAUAGAAACAACUUGUACAUCCAAAAUAACAUCAAUAAAUUCCUUUUGUGUCAAUGAUAAAGAUAAUGGUGUAAGAGUUUCAAAAGGAUCAUCAGGUAUAGGAUAGUGCAAUUUAUAUAUACCAAAUCUUUUGCAUUAAAAGUAGAGCUAAUAUCAAAAUUUGAUGGUAGUUUAAUGACUUAAAUAUUUUACUCAACCAUUUGUAACACUUUAUAUGGUAUAGCUCUACUCGUCGAUAAUUGUUGAUUGGUUUAAAGAUGAUACCGUAUAGAUCUAAGUAGGCCAACUUUUUAUUUUCAUAAAAAAAUAUCAAAAAAAAUAAAAGACCAAAAGUGUUGGGUUUGAUUGCAACGCUGAACUCAAAAGCUUUGAGUCUGGCUGCAACACCAAACCCAACAAUAAUAUUUAUAAUAUAAAUAAUAAUAUUUAACUUGUUUGCCUAAAUUCUUAAAUUUUUUAAAAUUUUUUUUUUCUUCAAUAGUAAUAAUAGUAUUUUUUAAAUUAUUAAUGAUAAUAAUAACAAUAAUAAUUUUUAAUUUUACCCUUAAAAUCAAAUCUAAGGUUCUUUUUCAAUAUUGAUAAUAAUUGUUUUUCAAAUUUAUUUAAUUUUUUUAUAAAUAAUAUUAAUUAUAAUACAAAUAAUAAUAUUUUUAAUACAAAUAAUAAUAUUUUUAAUAUUAAUACUAUUAAUUAUUAUAAAAAUAAGAAUAACAAUACUUAUAACACAAAUAAUAAUAUUUAGAAACUUAAGACCUAAGAACUUUGGGUCAUGACGCAAUACCUAAGAGAAUUGGGUCCGAAGGUAGGACCCAAGCGAAAUGGGAAAUGGGUCCUGAUGCAAGACCCAUUAACCUUGGGUCUGACGCAGUUCCUAAAAGAAUUGGGUCCGAAGGGAGGACCCAAGCGAAAUGGGUCAUAACGCAGGACCCAUUAACCUUGGGUCCUAAUGCAGGACCAGAAUUGGGUCCGGACUCCAGACCCAUUACCCUCGAGUCCUGACGCAGGACCAGAAUUGGGUCCGGACUCAGGACCCAUUAGUCUUGGGUUCUACGCAAGAGAAUUGAGUCCUGACGCCGGACCCAUUAGCCUUGGGUCCUUACGUGGGACCUAAGAGAAUUGGGUCCAGACCUAGUGCUUUUAGGUACCCAAACUUAUUGGAUCCUGUUGUGCAGCCGAACCCAAAGCUGCUUUGAGUCCUGCGCCCAAUAGGACCCAACUCUAAUGGCCCAGCAGGACCCAACACAUAAUUUAUUUAUGUAUUUAAUACUACGUAUAAUUCAAAACUAUUGCAUAAAAAAUCUAAAGACAAUAAACCAUUCAUAAAACUUUGAAUCUCUUACACUAAUGUUAUAAAAUUAAAAUAUCUUCUAUUACCCAAAAUAAUAUUAUAUUAUAAUAUUUAUAAAUUAUUUUUUAAUGGAUUUUAUUGUUAAAAACUUCUCUUAUAUAAUACAAAAAUAUAUUAAGUAUAUGAUGCGAAUAAAAAAUUUAUUGAGAGCUCCAUCAACUUUAAUAUGAUAAUAUUAGAGAAAAAAUUUAAAAACAAAAUUCAAAGAAUUUUUGAAAUGCAAAAACAAAUGUCUUUAUAAGGAAAUUCAACACAACCUCAAAUAAAAAAAAAUUUAUGAUCACUCAACUUUUAAACAAUAUAAAAAAAACUCCCAUCAAUUUAUUUCCUCUUUACUGUAAGAAAAAAAAUUACAUGAGUGAAGAAAAAAAAUUACAUGAGAGAGAAGAAAAAAAAUUGAAAGCAUUGGGUCUUGUUAGGGACGGGACCUAAAGCUAUUUUGGGUCCUUCUGAGGGCAGGACCCAACUCGAAUGGGUUCUGCUGGGCAGGACCCAACUUAAUAUAUUCUCCUUGGGUCUGGUUACGCAGCCAAAUUCAAUCUCAAUAUAUUUUAAAACAAAAUUUAAAAAAAUACAAAAACAUCAAAAAUAUUAUUUUGAAGUAAAGAAAACAAUAAAAAAAUUUGAAAUUUUUUUCAAAGCAUUCUUGAAAUGCAAAAACAAACAUGCUUUAAUGAAGAAAUUCAACCUAACCUAAAAUGAAAAAAAAAAUUAUUAUCACCCAACUGUUGUAUAAUAUAAAAAAAGUCCUAUUAAUUUAUUUCCUAUUUACAGUAUGAAAAAAAAAUCAAUAAGAGAAAAGAUAAAAAAAUUCAAGAGGGAAAAAAAUAAAAUUGGAAAUAUCUUAAAAUAUUUUUAAAAAAAUAUAUUGAGAUAAUAUUUUUUAUUUUUUUAAAUCUCUUUUUUAUAUAAUCACAUUAAAAUAAUACAAAAACAUCUUAAUAUGAAUUAAGAAAAAAUAAAAAAAUUAUCAAAUAUUUUUUAAAGCAUUUUUGAAAAACAAAAACAAACAUACUCUAAUAAGAAAAUUCAACCAAACCUGAAAAAAAAAAAAACUUAUCAUCACCUAAUUUUUGUAGAAUAUAAAAAAUGUCCCAUCAAUUUAUUUCUUCUUUAUUGUAUAAAAGAAAAGAGCAAAAAAUCCCAGACCCAAUAUCCUUGGAUGUGGUUGCGAAGCCCGACCCAAUAUCCUUGGGCAUGGCUGCGCAGCCAGACCCAAGAUCGAUGGGUCUGGCUGGGUAGCCAAACCCAACACCUUUUUGAAGUGUUUUGGAUCUGGCUGGCCAGCUACACCCAACGCUAUUACACCUUCUGGAAGUGUUUUAGGUUUGGCUGUCAAGCUAGAACCAGUAGCUUUUGACAGAGAAGGCAACAUCCCUAGGCAUGCGGGUUGCAGACCUUUCGCCUGGGUCUGCAGUCAGGCGCACUUGUCUGGCCCUAGCGCCCAGAGCAUGGCAGCCCCAAUGCUAGGUGUUUGCAGCCCGGGGCUUGCAGCCCCACCAAAAUCGAAACUAACCAUUUUCUCCUCAUUCAUCCCUUCAAUGCCAAAUGCAUUCCAAUGAAAAGACAACCCCACCCUCCCUUUACAGUCUUUCCAACUCCCUGUGGCAAGGGCAGCUUUGCCAUUAUACUGCUCCAAUCCACAAUACUUUGUAUCUAGGUAAACAAUAAUAGAGGCACUAAUGCCUUUUAGUAUAUUGUAUAAUAUCUAUAAUGAAACAAUCUUCAAUAUUAAAUGAUUUAUGACACUCAACUUGAAAUUUAUAUUGUUUGUUAUUUGCUUGAAUUCAUUUUAUAAUCUCAACAUGCAACUCAUAAACUCUACAUGUAAAAGAUUUAGUUGGCUCAAACAUGUUAGUGUAAGGAGACAUUGGAAGAAGACCUAAAGGCAUCCUAGGUUUAUGACCAUGAACAUCUUAUGACUGAGAGUAUGAAAUGGAACAAACAUUGAUUGUAUCCUAGGUGGAUAUAAAUUGGACAUAACCAAGUUAGUCAAGGCUAUCGUUGUCCUCUUUAUUAUGAAUAAAGGGUAAUGAAUUCAAGAAGCUCAACAAACUACUCAAAAUUUAUGAUAUUCUGGAUGUCAAGCAUAAAGGGUAAGGUAUUAGUGAAUUUAGAAGGUUGCACAAAAUCUAUGCAUGCUGGAUGUUAAUUACAGGAGGUGAAGAAUCAGGGAGUUCAAAGGGACAACUAUUUGAAACUCUUCCAACACCACACUUACAUAUUCAGGCAAUUGGUAGAGUCUCUUUCUUUUGCAACUAAAGAAGACUUAAUAGGCUCUUCAUUAACCUCAUCUUCAAACUCUUUUGGAUUUAUUGUGUUAUCUACAUUCAUCUUCUCGGGUGGUUCUAUAGAGAUUUUUUUGAAAUUUUCUUUUCAACUAAACCAAACAUAAUAGGCUUUUCCUUAACCUCAUUCUUAAACUCAUUUAGACUUGUGCUUAGUCCUUAUUCUUUCACACUCUUCUUUUUUCUUGUUUUUAUUGAUAGAUCUUGGUGGUAAUCCAAUAAAAUGGAUCUUUCUACCUUUAAAAGUAAAAGAACAUGAAUUUGAUCAACCAAAUGGUGACGUCUAAGUCUAAAUCAUAUAUCCAUUGUCUACCCAAAAUGACAAAUUCUUAUUCCUAUAUUCAUUGGAAUCACAUCACACCAAAUCUCACAUGAUAGUCUAUGAAUUUGAUAGGGAAGAAACAUCUCUUAUUGAUUUCUAUGGAAGUAUUAUUAACCCAUAACACAUUAUAUGACUUAGGAUGGAGAACAAGUUUUAGUCCAUGGUAAUUGUAAAAUAAAAACACAAUGCUAAAAUAAAAAUGAAUAAAAGUAAAAGUAAAACUUAUUUAAUUUUUUUUUAAUAUUAAUUAAGACAAUAAUACACUAUGGAAAUUGUAAACAUGCAUUGCUAAUCUUUAAGUGUAAAUCAAACAAAAGUCACAAAUUUCCAUAAACCUUGCAAGCUCCAAAGAUAAUAAAAAGGACUAAUAAAUAGAUAUAGAUGACAACUUUGAUAGGUGAGUAGAAUAUGAACGUCGUUUCCAAACGCAAAAAGGCACUCUAUUGAUGAUUAAUUGAAUAACAUGUACAAAACCAAAGAAGUAAACUUCAAUGAAUUAAAAGGUUGAGUAAUUUACCAAUAAAGAUUCAAAUCAUCAAACUCAAUUGCGGCCAGACCUCUUUGAAUUGAAUCAUGUAAAAUGUUGUCAAUGUAUCACCGAUGUCGUCUGACUUGUUUGUUGUUGUCACUUUUUUUUUCUCCUUUUUCUUCGAUCACUUUUCACUCUCUUUUUUCACCUUUUCUUUUGACUUUCCGACUCUUUUUUAACUUUUUUUUUUAUUUUAUAAAUCAAUAUAAAACAAAAUUACAACUAAAUUGACAAUAAAGCAAAAGUAACAAGACUCUUCUAAAACCAUUCUUCUUCACGCCUCUCACAGCCAAAAACAUUUGGUGCAAUCUGAGGCUUGAACACGCAUGCUGAUGUAAUUUGAAGACUUGAAUCAAUUGUGCUCCGUGGUGGAUUGUCGGUGUGAUGGAGUUGCUAGUUGAUUUGCCUUUUAUUAGAGAUUUUAUUGUCUUCUAUUGUGGUUGCUGGUAAUGAGUAGGUGCGGUGGCUAGUCUUUGACAUAGUGGUUGGUACCAGGUUGGUUGGCGACAUGGUGGUUGAGGCUAAAGACUGGCUAUUGUGGUUUUCUGUUUGGUAGUGGGUAGUGGACAGGGGGGCUAAAGUUGGGUUUGUGUUGGCAAUGUUUAUGUGUGGGUUGUGGCUUGCAGUGUUUAGUUCAAUUUGGUAGUGGCUGAGGCAACUGUGGUGGUAGGGAUGGAUUGGGUUGAGUGGUGUGGCUAAGUGGUAUGAAUGUGCUGAUUUUCUGGUUAUAGUGUGGCUGGAUGUGAUGGGUUUUUUGACAGUGGUGGCUUGAAAGAUCAGCUGGAAUUGGUUUGAUGCUACUGUAAAACUGAAGAUUGUUGAUUUCUUGAUGAGGGAAGUUGUUAGGUUGUGAUGGGUGGCGGUUUUGUGGGCGACUACUGCAGUGGAUGGGUGGACUAUUGGUGGUUGGCUGAUGAAUAUAGGGGAAAUGAAUAGUGGCUAGGGUUUUGGGUUUUAGGGUGUGUGUGACUGGGUGAAUUUUUUUUUCUUUUUUAGAUUUUGACUAUAAACAGAAAGACAAUUUUUUUUUUCUAGAUCAUUGUUGAUGAUGAUCCUUCACAAUUGUUAGGGAUUAGAAACUGUGUUGAAUUUUUAAGAUUUGCACAAGCUCUAAUAGAUCCGUUAAUUAUAAGAACAAUUAAAAGUUUAUGCUUUGAUAGCAAAGUUAAUGUGGGACAAAAGAGAUUAAAAAGAAGUAAGAAGAAAGAAGAAGCUAAGAAGAAGCCAAAGAAAGAAAUUAAAAAGCUGAAGAAAAGAAGAAUGGAGCUGAAGAAGAGAAAGAAUCGGAUUUGGAAAAGUCCGCAACUUUGUAAAUUUUAUUCAAAUCAUAAAAAGUUGUCUAACAUUUAGAAAAAUAACAUAUAAAUAUUAAAACUCUAACUAGAACAAAUAAUUGGACAUAUAGCCCACUAAAUAAAAAAUUUAUCAAUAACUAAAUCAAACCCGACAAAUAAACUCAAAUAAAAUUCAAUAACACAGGGGUUGAGCUAUCCUUUGUUAUCAUAGAUCAUAUAGAUGUGUGAAUCAUGUCUCGGGUCUGGUGUCCCCAUUAAAUUUUGUUGCUUUCGUUUGAUUUGCGCUAAAGAUAUCAAGGGGUUUUAGUGUAUGAUUAUAGGAUGAGGUCUUUUAUGAUAUUUUAUGAAACAUGAGUUAGAAAUAGCAUGAUUUCUGCUAGAAAAUUUGAUGGCUGUUGAUGGAUUAAUGGAAUUGAAUAUUAGAAUGGGGUUUAGUGUUGUGUAAUUUGAUAAUUAAUUGUGCAUAUGGAAUGCUGAUUGAUAUUAGAUGAAGAUAGCGUGCAUAAGUUCAUAACUUUAAUCUUAUAUGCCUUUUUAAGUUCCUGAGUUAUAAUCACUAAUACAUUGCCAUAGAUCACAUUGGACUAAUACCUGUUAAAAAAUAGUUUGGAUGUUGGGUGAUCUCUGAAAUCAGAGCAGUUUGGCAAGGUGGAGAGACUGUUGCAUGGAUGAUGGGUUACUGGGAAACAUUUUACUGAAACAGCAUGAUGUUAGGUACACUUUAUGUCACAGAAUGACUUGUGAGAAAAAGUUGAGUUUAACAGGAGGUUGCAUGUCACCAAGUUUUCUUCUGUCUUUUAUUUUUGGUUCCUCUUAUUUGUUUUUUCAAUACCUUUGGUUGUCUCAUGAUUGUGGAUCUUGAGGAUAUUGAAGAGCAUUUUCCUUUAAUGUUUUUAUCCUUCUUCUGGAAGGAGCAUUUGAGUGCUCAGUUCGCAGUAUGUGCUAACAGCAGCAAACAUAUUGCUUCUAUAUGUUCAUAUCUGUGUGGCUCCACCAUAAAAUCUUUCUUUAAGCAGUGCAUAUUAUGUAGGCUGUAACGCUGGUGUCUCUUGUAAUUUAUUUUUCAGUCAUUAUGUGGGCACUAGCUGAGAAUCGAAAUCCAUAUUUGUGUCAGACUUGACCCCCAAAAAAGUUGAAUCUUGGGAUCUUUGCUUAGGCUGGGUGAUCAGUGGAGUUUCUGGUCUCCUGAACAUUGAAACUGUUGUAAAUAACUUAGGACUUUGAAUUGUAUGUCAAAAGUUAUUUUCAUAAAUAACUUAUGACAAAAUGAGUCGAGUUAGAAGUAUUUCUAAUAAAAAAAAACUUAAAACAAUUUUUGUUUUUUUUUUUAAAAAUAGAGGUAGUGCAAGUUAGAAUCCAUGUCAACAGUUUUGAUUUAAAGCAAAAUUUUGACUCAAUUUUUUAACAAAGUUUUGAUUUAAGUCAAAAGCAAUUCCUAACCAAACAUGUUCACGACUUUUCUUUCAAAAUCUUGAAGUCAUGCCAAACAUAACCUUAAUCCUUGCAGCUUAAUGUUAAGAAAUUUCCAGCUGCAUCUUGCACUUUGAAGUUCGUAUCUUUGUAAGAACUGGGUAGUUUUAAGUGGUGGUUUGAGAUUAUAAUUGGUUUGUUUUUUCUUUCUCUCCAAUUUCCAUUACUUCUCCCUUAUAAUUUCUGGCAGAAUGCAACUUGCAAAUUGCGGAUUUCUAGAUUUGGGAUUUGACAUGCAGUUUGAAGUAAUGGUUAUUAUCUUCAUGCUUUUAAAAUACCACCAUGCUUAAUCCGUCGGAUGGUAAUGCUAACUAAAGUCAUUAUAAGCAUGGCCCUCGUUUCUUUUUUAUCUAGUUCGAUGUUUUCUUCUAAUAAUAAUUUUUCUUUUAAUUUUUUGUAUGGUACCAUUAUGGAUUAUUUUGUCUUCAUCUUCAUGACAGACUCUUUUUGACCUACUUUUGUAGGUGUGGAAAGAAUUUUGCAAAGAAAAA